UAUCUUCGUCGCCCUCGAUUCGCCUACAGUAAAAAGCCGCCACUACUAGCGCUGUCACUGAUGCAUUUCGUUGAUCUUGAUGGCUAAGACUGCUAAUUGACCCCACCAUUCUUCACUGCUCCCUCUCCUCCAGAACACAAAAAAGUAUCAGUAGGUAAGAACGCACUAGUCAAAUGGGAUCCAUUAUUUGAUGAUCAAAAUCCACGGCUACUACUAUUCACUGACAGAAACGCUUAGAAUCUCUGAUUCCCCACCCAGACCCAACUCGCGUCCACUACCUAAACAGCAGUCCUAAGAAUGUACAUCGGACCUUGGCAGGAAUUCAAGUUGGCCAAAGUCAUUGCCCAUCAUGCAACACUUCUCGACCAAGCUUCCGUUGCUGCCACUGGUUCGACUUUCUCGACAAGGUCACGGCGAACUAGCUUAUGGUGAAGAGAUAUUGACUUCACUUUUUUGGAUACCCAGUGUCUUCGUCAUUGGCCCUUCGUCUGGCCUCGAAUACGAGCCCCCUUUCUUGAAACUACAACUUCUAGCUGAACCUUUUACAUUCCAUCUCGCUCCCAACUGGUCCGUCCUCUAUUCUACCUACUUACCUACCACAACCCCCCCUUCCUUCCUUUCCUCCCUUCAUACUAUUCCUUCGGAAGUUCGCAUUUCUCACGGACGACGGUGGAGGCGUCGCCGUGUGCGGCUGCCCAAAAUGGAGACGCUCUGGAGGAGUACUACAAGUACUGGGAGAGAACCAUGCGCCACAUGGAGCAGGAGAAAUUCGAGGCUAAUGCUGAAGCAAACUUCCACCUAGGGGACAGGAGGAACUCCAGUACUACGAGAACCACACUCGGUGGUGGUGGAUUUCCUUCUGGAGUAAGUGGCGGUGCACGAUCAUCGGCGAUUUCUAGUAGUACGAUUACAAGUGGCCUUCACCGAAAUUCGACUUCGUCUUUGCGUGGAGGAGUGGAGAGUGAGAAGAAAAAGCGACUUCAGCGGAUCCAGAGCAUGAAGCGCCUCUAUGGCUUGCACCACAGUCCGAAGAAAACGUCACCGCGAGAAAGUGAGCAAGCAAGUCCGAAGUCGAAGCCUCGUGUCAGUCUUACUAUUAUGGCUUGGCAACAUCUUGGAAUAGCUGCGUCCACUAGAACUUUCUUCUGUUUAAUAUUUCUUGAGUUUUGCUGGACACGCAACAGUCCAACCACGCUGCGCUUCCUCCUCUAAUAUCGCUGGCUUCACUGCUACGGAAGUUGCUUUUCUCAACGGGUCGGUGCAUCACGACAAUCACUUCGGUGGUUCUACUGCUUCAACCAACAACACCGUGAGACGAGAGCUGCUAACAACACUCAGUGACUGGCCAAAUAAUCGGCCUCUGCCUGCGGCUCAGACCUUCACAGAAGGCGUGCCGAUGCCAGCAGUUGAGAACAAACUCAUGGAAGCGGGACACCAAGUACACCAAAUGCAAAAGAAGCUUCUCGACGCGCAAGACAGUGAGCAGAUACUAGAGCGCAAUAAGUCAUCGAGUACAUCAGCUAGUAGUAGAGAAAAGAACAUGCCAGAUGGAGGUGCCAGCUUGGUGCAGCAAUCACGGCAUCAACAUGCUCAAGAGAUGAAGGCGCAUGUUCCUCCUACUCGCGAACCGCCAGGUCAGAUGAUCGACGCAGAAAAGUUGCCACCUCAGAAAGACGACGAAUCCGCCAGGGAGGCACCCGCACCUGACGAUGUAGCUCCACUCUCUUCUACUAGGCCAAGGCCAACCGAGGUGAAAACAUCUAUAACAACGGCAUCGAAAGUCGAGGAUGCGAAUCAGCCAGCACAAGUAGAUAAGACGCCUGCCUCUACCGGCGCCCAACAGAGCAAGUCUUCGUCGUCCUCGUCGGAAGAAGAGGGGGUACUAGUAGCCAGUGGUGAGUCUCGACGUCAAGUAAAGAAACAAGGCCAAUGGACAGGGCAGCAGCAACCUCGUGAUCAACCCAGAGUGAAAGCAGAGAAGCAGAAACUUCCUCUCCCACUACCACCCUACGAUUAUGCACUGACAGAAGCAACCCUAGCAGCGCGGGAACAGGACAAGCAAAUCUACAUGCAGAAGACUUCUUGUUCUUUCCAGCCAGACCCAAGCAAGCGCGAGAUAAUAUACAGCAACAGCACGCGAACCGACCACAACAAAGCAGGUGGCUCAUCAAUGAAUCAGACGCAUAGAUCAUCUGCAACCGACAAAAGAGAUGAAGCUACGCAGAGUAAGAGUAGUACAACUAGAGGCAUGUUCUACGCCGAGCCGAGCGAGACGCAGUAUUUUGACCCGACCAAGGGACAACGCGUCUUACUAAAGACCCACGUCGGCCGAAACAAGGGGUACUUACUAUUCUUAGAUCAUUACUUUACAUUGUCCUAAAAUGGAGGACUUGAACUGCAAAGAGUGAGAUCAUUUUCGGGGCCUUUUCCUUCCUACACAUACUUACAUGACUAUUUUAUUAUUUAUUACUAGUAUUUUUUUUUUAUUUUUAUUUAUCGCCAGGUUACGAAUCGACACCCACCAGCCUCUCAAGCAAAAGGAGUACAACAAAGCUCCUGGCGAAGAGCAAGAGGCGGACCUGUUCAAGAAAUUUGAGGCAAUAGGCCUCCGAAAUGUUAUCCAGUCCCAUUCUCCUUUACAUCGGCUACGAGAAUCCCUCUCAAUAGACGAAGAAGCACAGGCUGCGUUGCAUCAGAUGUUGUCGCCACAGCAAAACAGAGCUAUGGAGGAUAUGGAGGAAGCCUUGGAAAGGGCAGCAGCUGUCAUGUCGCAACCACCCUCUCCUUCGAAAUGCAAGAACAUCGACAAGGAGCUAGAAGACAUCUUUCAUGGCGAUCGGACGGGUGGUGUAAUAUCAAGGCGUGCGCCGGAUCAAGAACAUACUCGGGAGACUUCUAGGAAUCACCAGUAUCAACUUCAGCAAGAGGAGAUUAGUAAGGAAGAUUCCCAUUUUUUUGAUGAGAGUCCUCGUCAACUACGCAGUCCCAAUCGGAUAGAUCCUAUGCGAGUCAGUGUCGGAAGCUCCUUCCGCAGUAGUCAGGAGGAUGAUCUCAUUGCAUGGUCAAAAAAUCUGAAUCUUGAUGAUUUGGAUCCAUCAUUGUUCUAAUCCUCCGUUUGUUGAGGUUGUUAAAACAUACAGUAACAGACAUGCACAAAUGGACAUUUUUGUAGACAAGAAUCACCGUCCCCUGUUCCCGCCCCGC